AUGAAGCUGCCUUUCCGAAUUGCCCUCCUCGUUCUGCUCCUCCUGGGGCUAAUCUGCGCAAAGGAUAACCCCACCAAGCCGCGGAAGACAGACAAGUACAGGAAUAAAUUUCGUAAACACCAUAAGAUACCCACUUUGAGUAGCGACCCGGAUCGAAAUUUCCUCCAGAUGAAGUCUGCACACAUUUAUAAUCCCUCCAUAGCGUACAGAGACCUAUUCGAUAACAACGCUAUGGGAACGUCCACGAUUUACUACAACCGCCUGAUGUGGGGGGCCGUUAUCUUCCUUUUUAUGUUCAUACUGGUGAGCAGCAUAGGGGUGUUUCUCUAUGUGAACAAGUUGGAGAACAGCGCGCCGGAGAAGAGACACGUGAAGAACGCCACAAACUAUUAUGUCGUCAAUCCGACCGCGCCGUACGCCAUGCAUCUUCCCUCUUCCUCGCUGAAGGAAGUCAGUUUGGAGGGACGGCGAGCAAAAAGUCUCACAACUUGGACUGGUAUUUUAUUUACCAUUGCAUGCAGAGGAAUGGCCUGGGAUGGAAAUGGCCUUUUCCCGCCUGUUAAUCUAACGGACAACCACUGGGACGUGUCCAACUACAAGAACGAAAAAGUAGUCACACUUAACCAAGUGCAAGUAAACAACGCCGUGAAUAUAUACCACUGUGAAGGAACCACAUUCGUAAUCGAAAAUGACAAAUUUAAAUCGCUCUCUAUGCACAAGUGCGUCAAGUGUAACGUCGUUUUAAAGAACCUAAUUUCCUCCAUCGAAAUAAUUAGUUCCAGUAAGAUCAAGGUGCAAGUUCUGGGUAAUUGCUCUUCCAUUUCGAUUGACAAAUCUGCUGGAGUGCAGAUUUAUCUAUCCAAGGAGAACAGCGAGUCGGAGUUCACCACAGCACUGUCAUCCGAAAUGAAUAUCCAUAUUGAAAAUGAGAAUGGAGAGUGGACAGAAAUUACCAUUCCGGAGCAGUUCCAACAUCGCCUAGAGAAUGGAAAGCUCCUCACAAGAGUAUCCGAUCUGUACGCAUUUUGA